ACGGAAAGGGUGAAGGCAAAAGAGGCAAGAGGGCAAGCAAACACACCGUCAACGAAGAGAGAGAGAUAGCGAUCGUGUCUUCUCGAAGCUUCCACGAGAUUCCCUACUUGUAAGAAACUUCAAUUGUGAAAGAGAAAGAAAGGGAGAAGACGUCUACAGAGAGAUAUAAACCCAGAAAAAAUACAUUUUUAAUUAAAAUCACCAAUCAGAUUCAGGAAAAACUGAAGAUACAGAAGACAGAAGACAGAAGAAGGAAGAAGGAGGUGAGAUGGGUGUGGAUUACUACAAGCUUCUACAGGUCGAUAGAAGCGCCACCGACGAUGACCUCAAGAAAGCUUACAGAAAACUCGCCAUGAAAUGGCAUCCCGACAAGAACCCCACCAACAAAAAAGACGCCGAAGCUAAAUUCAAACAGAUCUCCGAAGCCUACGAUGUUCUUAGCGAUCCUCAGAAGAGAGCGGUGUAUGAUCAGUACGGUGAGGAAGGUUUAAAAGGCAACGUGCCACCUCCUAAUGCUGCUUCUGGAGCUUCCUACUUCUCUACAGGAUUCAACCCGAGAAGUGCUGAUGAUAUAUUCACUGAGUUUUUCGGAUUCUCGACUCCUUUUGGUGGAGGAGGUGGUGCUGGUGGAUCAAUGCACCACCAUCAUCACCAUCAUCAUCAUCAUCAGGCUGCAGCUAGGAAAGUGGCUCCAAUAGAGAACAAGCUGCCUUGUAGCCUUGAAGAUCUCUACAAAGGAACCACCAAGAAGAUGAAGAUCUCAAGGGAGAUUCUAGACGCCAGCGGCAAAGCAACGCAAACGGAAGAGAUACUAACGAUUGGAGUGAAACCAGGAUGGAAGAAAGGGACCAAGAUCACAUUCCCUGAGAAAGGCAACGAGCAUCCCGGAGUUAUCCCAGCGGAUCUCGUCUUCAUCAUCGACGAGAAGCCCCACCCGGUGUUCACACGUGAUGGCAACGACUUGAUUGUCACGCAGAAGAUCUCGCUGGCUGAGGCCUUAACAGGCUACACCGUGAACCUAACUACACUCGAUGGUCGGACGCUUACGAUCCCUAUCACUAACGUGAUCCAUCCAGAGUACGAAGAGGUGGUGCCUAAAGAGGGAAUGCCACUUCAGAAAGAUCAAACGAAGAAAGGUAACUUGAGGAUCAAGUUCAACAUCAAGUUCCCAGCGAGGUUGACUACAGAACAGAAGUCUGGUUUCAAGAAGCUUCUUGGGUGAUAAGUAAAGCUUCAAGAUUGGGUUCUAAUGCCCUCCUGUUGUUGUUUAAAUUAUUUUUUUCAAGAUAGUUCUUACAAAGAUUUGGUUAUUACAUGUCCUCUAGAAACAAAAAUUGAAAGUUCAAAAAAAAAGUCUUUUGUGUGUUUA